CCAAUCAGUUAGCACUGCGGCGCCCGGAGAUGCCGUUAGGUCGUUGGCUGUGAUUCAUCGGCAGACCGACGCGACACUGAGAAGACUAAGACGCAGAAACCACUCGUCUACGAAAAUGCCUUUGCAGGCUGAAUUUGAACAAUAUGCAGAGGAUGUAAAGAAAGUGAAGACCAGGCCAUCUGACCAGGAGCUGCUGGACCUAUAUGGCCUCUAUAAGCAGGCUAUUUUUGGGGACAUUAAUAUUGAUAGACCCGGAAUGCUGGAUAUGAAGGGGAAGGCCAAAUGGGAGGCAUGGGAUUCCAGGAAAGGCAUGUCCAAAGAAGAUGCCAUGACUGCCUACAUUGCCCUGGCUAAGGGAACCAUUGACAAAUAUGGAAUGUGAUGACCCAGGGUGCUCCAGUAUCUUAGAAUACACUUACGUAGUAGCUAAAUAACAGCAGUCCAACUUACACCCGAGGCCUCAGAAAAGGAUGAUAGUUGUCCACAUUUUUUUUUAGUAAAGAUAAAACUAUGAUAUAACAUGUUAUUUCACAUAAAGUCUGCUUACAUGAACAAGCCCUCUAAAGAUGAAGAAUCAGUGAGCACUUAUUUACUGAUUUGUGUAGUAGAAAGCACUUAAUAUUCAGCUGUUCUCUCAGGUUUGUAGACAAGAGUAUCAGUGGCUGACACACACACACACACACAUACACAUACACACACACACACACAAAAAAAAAAACCAUUAAAAAAUAAAGGCCGCUUUGUCUCUCUCUCAGCAAAAUAAUGUUUUCAGUGAGACGUUUUUGGCAAUCAAGCCCUGAGCUGUGGACGCAUGUGGAAUGACAGAUCUGGCCCGCCCUUUGUCCGGGCCCUUUGAAACUACCAGCGCAACCACCAUUCAUUCGCUUAUCCAGACCUUACUGGACUGGACUGUUACAAAGUCCAUCACAACUGCAUACGAUCACAACAAUGGAAAAACAUGAAAUGUAAUACACACAUGGCAUUACCAUUUGAUAGCGACAUAUGGAAUUCGUUCCAAAAUUAAAAGCAACCCCACUACUAAAUUGUUUUCAUAUCAUUUGAUCUUUACUGAAAAACUAAACAUAAGACCUUACAAUUAAAAAUGCUGCAUUUGUGUCAGAAUAUAAUAGCAUACAGUCCACCUUAAAAUGUAAUCAAAGCUGAACUAUAUUGCUUUCUACUUCAAACGUAUAUGCCUCAGUGAAAUACAGUCAUUACAACUGAACACAGUGAAAUGCAUUGGCACACUACACUUCACUUACAGUGAUAUGCCUAUAACGUUCAAUGGAAAAGAUCCAUUUCGUAGUCGCUAUACAUUUGAAUUUGUGUUUACUGAAUGAAUCGCCGAUUUUGUCUCAUAAAUGAGUGCAAACCACCCUGAAAUUCAGGCAA